UGUGGCACUUCGUGGCAAGGGAGAGUUGAGGUCCAAGGGUCUUGUGUAAACUAGAUGCUGACAUUAGGUUCUUAGCUUGGUGGUCGUCUCUGAUUUCUCGCCUGGCGAUGGCGACGUACACGUGCAUAACUUGCCGGGUGGCGUUCUGCGACACGGAGAUGCAGCGGGCCCACUACAAGACGGACUGGCAUCGCUACAACCUGCGGCGAAAAGUGGCCAACAUGGCCCCAGUCACCGCCGAAGGCUUCCAGGAGUGAGUGCGGGCGCAGCGGGCCGUGGCUGAGCAGGAGAGCAAGGGCUCGGCCACCUACUGCACCGUUUGCAGUAAAAAAUUUGCCUCUCUCAACGCCUACGAAAACCGUCUUAAGUCCCGGCGGCAUGUUGAGCUGGAGAAGGCGGCUGUGCAGGCCGUGAAUCGGAAAGUGGAAAUGAUGAAUGAAAAGAACUUGGAGAAAGGACUGGGUGGGGACGGUUUGGACAAGGAUGCCAUGAACGCGGCCAUCCAGCAGGCCAUAAAGGCUCAACCGUCUAUGUCUCCCAAGAGGCCACCCCCGGCUCCUGUAGAGGAGUCCGGGGGUUCCGUGGCCAUGGCUGGUAGUGGCCGUGUGACUCACGAUCGAGACCCGACAGAGAAGCCGCCCCGGCUUCAGUGGUUUGAACAGCAGGCGAAGAAGUUUGCAAAGCAGCAGGAGGAAGACAGUGAGGACGAGGAAGACCUGGAUGGAGACGAUUGGGAAGAUAUCGAUUCGGAUGAAGAAUUGGAAUGUGAAGAUACUGAAGCAAUGAACGGUGUGGAGGAAGAGGCUGCAGAAAGGCCAUCCUUGUGCCUCCCUAUCACAGACUGCUUAUUUUGUUCCCAUCAUUCAAGCUCACUCAUGAAGAACGUUGCUCAUAUGACAAAAGUCCACAGCUUCUUUAUUCCUCAUAUAGAAUAUCUUUCAGACCUUAAGGGACUAAUUAAAUAUUUAGGAGAAAAAGUUGGUGUUGGGAAGAUUUGUUUGUGGUGCAAUGAGAAAGGGAAAUCCUUUUACUCCACAGAGGCUGUACAGGCACACAUGAAUGACAAAAGCCACCGCAAGCUCUACACAGAUGGUGAUGCUGCUUUGGAAUUUGCAGAUUUCUAUGAUUUCAGGAGUAGCUACCCAGAUCACAAGGGAGGGGAGGAUGCCAAUGAAUCUGAGGAGCUGCCCUUGGAAAAGAACUUGGAAUAUGAUGAUGAAACCAUGGAGCUGGUUCUGCCUUCUGUUAAAUACAUCGUUCCCUUCUCAGUUGACUCCAACACUGGUGGCAAAUCGAAUCUGAGAGAAGCCAGAACCAUGAUUAAUACAGAAACAGUCAUACAAGCCAACAGCGGGCGUCAGACCCCGUUAGCGAAGGCGAGCCCACGCCGCAAGUCCAGGCUACGUCCCGGACGCUUGCAACCCGACCCUUCAAGCGCUGAUUACUCAGGUCUGCUCCGGGAGCUGAGGCAGACGUUAGCGCAAGCCCCGCCUAGGUCGGGGUGGGUAGGGGGGACACCCACCCCUCUGGAGAAACCCGGCUGGGCAGAGGCGGGGGCAGUCGUGCCCGGCGCGUGCGCGCGACGCGCAGGGAGGCGGCCUGGAAGCCAGGGAGCGCGCGCCCUUCACGUGACCCCACCCGCGGGCGGCGACGCACACGACGCGCCUCUCACGUGGUCUCCAGCCCCGUCGCCGGCGGAGGCGGGCGCGGGCGCGUCCCUGUGGCCAGUCGCCCGGAGGAGUUGGUCGUACAAUUAUGAAAGACUCGGCUUCUGCUGCUAG